AUGACGACAAUUAUCGAUAUGCCUUCCCCGCCUAUCAGCACCAGAUCUUCCUCGGUAUCGGAAGAUAGUGAAGAGGAAUUCGGUUUGACGUCUUAUAGAAAAGACAUUUACGGUUAUCCCAGUCUCUUAUCGCCCGCCAGCACUCGCUCCUCAUACACAGAAGAGGACAUGUGUACGUGCAAGCCAUCAGAUGUGUGUGCGUCUUGCCGACUUGUUGAUGACAUCACAGAACCCAUGUCACCACGGAAGAAACUAAUGUCGCCCCGAAAGAAAGCAUUAUCAGAUCCAACUCCACUGGCUAGAAAAACAAUGAACAGACUUCAGCAGAAAUUGAACGAAUCCAUGUCACCAGACGCACUGACACGAAGAGACAACCCAGAAUGCAAAGAGAUCGAUUCAACACUAGUGUCGAUGAUAGCGGAAAACUUACCGACCUGGGUAGUUCCUGCACGCGAUCCUAAAGGAAAACCAAUUGGCGUUUCGCUUGCGCACAAUAAUCAUCAGAUAAACUAUUUAACCGAUAUACCGCACGUGCCCGUCCCGAACGGAACAAAUCAAGGAUCUACAGGUACAAUUUGUAAUCAACAGGCUUUGCUGCAUGGAAACCAUAGUCGCCUUGACAACUGGCAAGAAAUUAAAAAUAAAUUCAAGGCGGCUGAACAUCAAUACACAAAAUUUGAAUCGCCUCUGCAUUUCAACUCACCUAAAAUUCCUCAACCACCCUCAGAAUACGUGGAUAUCCCAGUACGAUCACCUACCGAGAGUUUAGACCUUUCCUGCAACUUUUUUUACCCUGUUGCUCACAACUCGCAGAACAUUGUCGACGCGGCCGCUAAUGCGACGUAUAAAGCGCCCUAUUCCCAGCGAUGGCAGAAUGGAUCACAGUCUGACUCUACACCAACGCCAUCUGAUAAACAACCCAUUUCCAACGACGUCCCAUCCAUGUGGUCUUCUCGUACGACGAGUGAUCUUUCAGCAAAGCAGCAUCCGACAUGCAACGCUGUUCCGCUACCGAUGCCGAGUAAACCAUUUGUAGAUACUUGGACAACUCCUUUCGUAACAUGUAGAGAUGAUAAUAACAGAAUCCCGCCGAUGCAGCCUCUCAAUGCACCCCAACCGAAUAGCCAGCCCUCGAUGGCUAAAUCGAGAAGGGGUAGCAAUCUGGGGAACAACGCAACUCAGCGUGGGCAUAUUAGAGACGAUGCUGGCAAGAACUAUCAAAUAAAUAAUGCGCCUAUGACAGAUAAAAAGAAUAUUAAUACGGUUGAGAAUAAUGUUGUUAUCAACGUUGCUCGGAACAAGAUCAUACAAGACAAAUCUUCUGCCGAGAUAGAAAAGGAACAGAAGAAAGCCACAUUGUACAAGACUGAAAUGUGUAGGAAUUGGGAAGAAAAAGGGGAUUGUCGAUAUGGUGUCAAGUGUCAAUUUGCACAUUCUUCCACAGAGUUGCGUGAAGUAAAGAAGCAUCCCAAGUACAAGACAGAAAUCUGCAAGACUUUCUGGGAGAAAGGUGCUUGUCCAUAUGGCCGUCGAUGUUGCUUCAUUCACAACGAGAAGAAUCUGAUGCCUCAUUCAUCGAAUGCGUCGUUGCGGGCGUUCACAGAUGCGUAUUUCUCGGGGAAUGGCAUACAAGAAUGUGGACGGCGCAGGAGGUUACCCUGUUUCACCAAUUUGACUCGAUAA